GUGGAGGGACAGAGCCGGGAGUUGGGGAGAAGGGAUUCUGAGUCUCUGGGAAUGAGCCCAGGAGUCCUUCCCCAACAUAAACCCCCUCCACUCCUGCAGCUGGAGACCUUUUCCCUGGCCUCGGUGCUCCUCUGAGGAGAGAGAGGUUGGGCAAGCUGUUUGAGUGGGAAAGGAGAACUGGAGGAAGUUGACAGGGAUGGGCGGGGCCCAUGGGGGGGCUGACCAGGAACCCAGCUUCCUGCUCAGAACCCAGGCAUCCAGCCCCCAGCUUACCCCCACCCCUUCCAGCCCCCACUCCCCUCUGGAAUCCAGGGUUCCAGCCCUCCUCCCAAAUCCCAGCCACCCCUCCCCCAUCAGUUUCUCCCCUCCAGGGGAUGGAGGCCGAGAGACCCCAGGAAGGAGAAGAGGAUGGUGAGCAGGACUACCCCCAGGAUGAGCAAGACUGGCCCCCUCUGAGCACCACCACUCGGCCUUGGCGAUCUGCUCCUCCAUCCCCUCCUCCCCCAGGGACCCAGCGCACAGCCAUGGGGCCCCGCUCGGCCUCCCUGCUCUCCCUGCAGACAGAGCGCCUUCUGGACCUGGUGGCUGAGGCCCAGUCCCGCCGCCUAGAGGAGCAGAGGGCCACCUUCCACGCCCCCCUGAGCCCCCCAACUUUGUCCCAGGCCCUGCCCCGGCCACUUGAGGACAGAGAACAGCUCUACAGCACCAUCCUCAGCCACCAGUGCCAGCGGAUGGAAGCCCAGCGGUCAGAACCUCCCCUCCCUCCAGGGGGGCAGGAGCUCCUGGAGUUGCUGCUGAGGGUUCAGGGUGGAGGUCGAAUGGAAGAGCAAAGGUCCCGGCCACCCACACAUACCUGCUGAGACCUGAAGCCCCAAACGGCCCCUCUGCACGCACGGGGUGCAAACCUGGUCACCCCACUGCAUGCCCUCAACCCUGCUUGGCAGGGGCACCAGAGACUGGAAGACCCUCAAUCUUCAUCCCCUUCAUCCACCUUCCCUGGGAACUGGAGGGGGUGAAGGUCCUCAACCCUGGGAACAGGAGAAAGGCAAGGUAGGAUGGUCAUUUAACUCCCUUCCCAAGUGCAAGGGAGCCCGAAGCAGAGAGAGGAUCCCGGCCACCGAGGGACACCCCAUCCCCUCUUCUCAUCUGGCCUGAGCAGUGCGGACACCCCCAGUGGUCAAGCCACUAGGCAGGGUUUGAGGGCUCAGGCUUUUGCCUCCUGAGAAAAGGCAAACCUGAGAGACCUGAGAGAUGGCUCUACCCUCCUUCCCAGCAAGAAGAAAGGGAGGGUGGGUGGGCACCAGGAACAGGGUGAAGCUUGUUCUCUCACCCCCACCACUGUCAUCCCCCAGCCCCAGGACUGAAGGGCCUACAGGCUGUGAAUGGACUUAGCCCUGCCCACCCUCCCUCCCUGCUGCUGCUCAGAGUCUGAUGUUUUGGUUGUGUUAAUAAAUGUAAUUCCCCUCUGGACUGAAGGCUGGUGUCUGGGGGGACCGGGUGGAGGGUGGCAAGGUGAGGCCAGAGGCUGCCUCUCUCCCCAGUCUGGCCAGAGGCCAGCUCCCCUCCCUGGCUGGUUAAUUACUGGCUCAUUAAGCAGCGACUGGAGACCUCCCUAAUUAUCCCCCCCAACCCCCCUCUCCUGGUUUUAAUUAAGUAGAACAGAGAGGGGAGUUAUUAGGACAAGAAAUAUGAACUGCGCUGUCUGUGAACCCAGGCAUUCCAGCGGUCAGAGACCCCAUCACCCUGACUCAGAACCUGGGUGAAGUACCCCAGCCCCCGACACGCCCCCCUCCCAGGCCACAGAAAUCCAGCCUUGGCGCCUUCCCCUAUUCCCCACCCCGGGCGGUUUCCUCCCAUCCUGCCCUCGUCCCCGCGUCCCUCUCCCCUCCUCCACUCGGUCUCAGUUCCUCGGUUU